GGGAGACUAGCCUUGGAUAGAGAGUCUUUGGACAGGCUGCCAAGCGCCCUUCGUUCUUCGCGCCCCUGCCUAAGUCUUCUGUCCAUAUCUGUGGAUGGAGUUGAGGAGAAGAGAGCAAAAUCAUGUUUCAUUUCCUGCCAUAUGUUGCAGAAAGUAAGGAAACUAUGAGUUUCUUGUGCCUCUUCAGUUUUCAGCUGGGUGUGAAGAGAAUCCAAGGGAAGGGUUUUCACCUUGAGAAUUUGUGAAGCCAUGGUUAAAGUUGCAGUUCUGUAUACACUUCUGGGGAAGCAAAAAUGAGAGACCGUCUCUUUGAGCUUCAUGAGCUCGCUAGGCUUUACAGUCAACAUUCUCCGACAGCUGAGGUCAAUGUACAAUUAUCUCAUGAAAAUCUUCUGUUUGAGACAGAUUAUGCCUUAGCAAGUAUUUACAAAGACAUUCAGGGAAUCCGAACAAGCAACCACCACCUGAAGGAAGACAUCAGACGGCUGGGUAAACAAAACACUCGCUUCCUUACAUCCAUGCGCCGCUUCAGUAGCAUAAAACGUGAUACCAACACAAUUGCUAAAGACAUCAAAACCCGUGGUGAAGAUAUCCACCGAAAACUUCAGACUUUGAGGGAUUUCAGUGAAGAUGCAGAAACAAAAUAUGGCCCAAAUUCAGUCAUAGCCCGUGUGUCAAAGGACCACUACGUUGAUCUUAUGCAUGCUUUUCAGGAAGCCAUGUUUGACUACAAUAAGACUGAGAUGAACCAGCGAGAAAACUGCAAGGUCAGGAUCCAGCGACAGCUCGAGAUCAUGGGCAAGGAUGUCUCUGGGAAUCAGAUAGAGGACAUUAUUGAGCAGGGCAGGUGGGAUGUUUUUUCUGAGAACCUUCUGUCUGAUGCAAAGGGAGCUCGUUCAGCCUUGAAUGAGAUAGAGACACGGCACAAAGAGCUGAUGAAGCUGGAAUCUCGGAUAAGAGAAGUCCAUGAACUUUUCAUGCAGGUAGCUUUGCUUGUAGAAGAGCAGGCUGACACCUUUGAUAUCAUUGAACUUAACGUGCAAAAUGUUGAAGACUAUGUUGGUGAAGCUAAAGGGGAAGUGAGGAGAGCUCUUGAAUACAGGAGGAAACAUCCUUGCCGAACAAUCCUGUGCUGCUGCUUAUCAUGCUGUAGGGGAUGAUUUUCCUCCUUGAGCCACAAGAUCAGUGUUGUGGGACACUUCCACACUCACAGUGUGCAUUCAUUUCUUUUUCUUUUGUUGGUUUAAUUAAACCUGCCAAUUUAUACUGAAAGAAAAAGCAGAUAGGAAGCAAUGGUGUGCUUCAGGAUAACAGAAGGUAAAAUUUGCCUCCCUGACUCACGCUACGACCAUGUUUACUGGAAUAAUGGAACAUAUACAGAAUCUUAGAAAUAUUGAUCAGAUAAAUAAUAAUGUUCCCAAAUGGGCAUUAUCAAUGCAGGAAAAAAUAAUAAUCUCAUGAAUUUAAAGAAAUACAUUGAACUCUGACAUGAAAAAAAGUAAAUUACAGAUCCAUAAAUGGAUGCAGUAUGGAUACCGUGUGCACACAUGACUCAAUAUCUUUGAAAUAAUGGUGUUGUAACUAUAAAAGAUAUUUAUUUUUUAUAAAUGUACUGAUGUUUCUAUACGUUAUAUUAGAUAAAGAUAAAGAAGUAUCUGUUAUUAUAUGAAAAAGCAGUUGAAUUACUACCUGUCCUGUAGCUCUGACCAUCAUAAUAAAUGUAAAUGCUAAUAACUAUAAAAUGCCAUAGUUAAAUAGCAGGAGCCUAGAAGUCUUAACAACACAAGAGUAAGGAGAAAUGAGCUGAAGAGUAAACACUGAAAGACUGAAAAGUUAGCCAUUGGAAAGUGGGAAAGUGAGCCCAAGCAGGAAAAAUUGGUGGUCAACAGUAAGAUUUGUGUGGAAACCUGCGAAACAAAUAUACCUCUAAUAUAUAAGCAAAGCUACCACUUGGAGCUCUAAAGAAACUCAGUAGGAGACGAAUGUUGUUUUAAGGACAGAAACAAACUUUGAAAGAUGAUGGAAAGAUUGUUUCAACCAUGCUAUUUUAUUAUUAUUUUAAUGGUGGUCAGUGCAGGAACAUUUGAAAGCAAGAUCUGCAGUCAAACUGUAUACAUAUUGAUUCAAUGAAGGAUAGACUUCCAUUGCUCCUUCGAAAAUUUGUGUUAAACAGGUGCUUUAGAUAUGUGAUGUUUAUUUCUGAAAAAAUGUAAAUAAUCAGCUUGCACUGUUUUAUAACCUUACUGCUGAUUUGAUAUUCAAACAUGGCAAGUUUUUAACUUUUAAUUGUAUAUUGAUAUAUUUUUUUAAUAUUGAAUAAAUAUCCAGCACUUCACUCUUACCUUCAUGAUCAGCUGAGCACAAUUAUUCUCUGAUACCAAACACUGAAACCAUUUUCAGAGCAAUUUGUUGUUGAUGUAAUACUUUGUAAAACAAACGAGUAAACUGCCAAGUGUUACUAAAAAUCCAAUCAAUACAAAGAAAGUACAAAACUGUCUUAAUAAAAACGUAUGUAUAGACACAAGUGGGCUAAAUCCAAU